AUGGAAUCUACUGGUUUGCGGAUGUUCUCUGGCUCACUCCCGCGGGCUGGUAUGCCGUCGCGGGGCGUGGAAGCUCCCUUGUCUAUCCGUACAUUUCGCAAUCGAUUUUUCCCGUCGGUAUUGGCCGAAAGCCUCGUCGUCGUCGCUCGCUCACGCGCGAUUUUCUCCACCCUCUCCUCGCAGGGAUCCACGCGUAAAAAGCUCGCAGCCGCGUCCGGGUGCAUCCUCGAGUACAUCGGCGACGUCGCCGUCAUGGCUGGCAACCGCGACGAGCGCCGGCGGUGUUGGGAUUACCUCAACUGGCUCCUGAAGCAGCGAAAGGGAGCGCUGAGCGUCGACCCCAAGGGUCGCGACGACGUGCUCGAGCUCCCGGUGCCCUCCGGCAAGGCCGGUCGGCUGUCGGGCAAGGGCGGUAACGUGUUGCGGAGCAUCGAGAAGGAGACGAGCACGUUCUGUUUCCUCACCGACCACAGAGCAGCCGCGGACGGCGAGUCGAGGGACGAGCUCAUGCUCAUCUUCGGCCGGGAUAAGCGCGACAGGUACAAGGCCAUGGACCUGAUGGAGGACGCCAUGGAGGGCAAGUACCAGCCCAAGGGCGGCGGCGGCGGCGGCGGUGACCGGGGUGGACGCGAUGCUCGCGGCGGCGGUGACCGGGGUGGACGCGGCGGCGGCGGCAACAAGAGGUCCGACGCGUGCCACGACUUCUCCGUCGGGCGGUGCACCCGGGGAGACAAGUGCCGGUUCUCCCACGACGUGGCAUCCGCCGGCGGGACCCGCGGGGGCGGGAGGUCCGACAGGGACGCGUCGCCGAGGCGGGACGGGCGCGGGGGACCCGACCGCGGGCGCGGUAGGCGCGACCGCGACCGCGACCGCGACAGGCGCGGGCCCUACGGCGACGGGCGCGGCGGGGGCGGGGGGUCGAGGGGGGGCGAGCGGGGGGGCGGCAGGGACGAGGAAGCCGGAGCCAGGCCAGGGGAGGAUCCCCGAUACGACAGGCGGUGA